CUGCUCCCUGCCCUCCUGGGCAGCCAGGGCAGCAAGGACGGCACCAAGGGAGCUACCCCAUGGACAGGGCCCCACAGAGACACCACCGACCAUCUCGGGAGCUGUUGGCUGCAAAGAAGACUCAUACUUCACAAAUCGAAGUAAUCCCUUGCAAGAUCUGUGGGGAUAAGUCGUCUGGGAUCCACUACGGGGUUAUCACCUGUGAGGGGUGCAAGGGCUUCUUUCGCCGCAGCCAGCAGUGUCAUGUGGCCUACUCCUGCACCCGUCAGCAGAACUGCCCCAUCGACCGCACCAGUCGGAACCGAUGCCAACACUGCCGCCUGCAGAAGUGCCUGGCUCUGGGCAUGUCUCGAGACGCUGUUAAGUUCGGCCGAAUGUCCAAGAAGCAGAGGGACAGUCUCCAUGCAGAAGUGCAGAAGCAACUGCUGCAGCAACAGCAGCAGCAGCAGCAGCAGGAGGAACAAGUGGCCAAGACUCCUCCAGCAGGGGGCCAUGGAGCAGAUACCCUCACAUACACGUUGGGGCUCCCAGAUGGGCAGCUACCCCUGGGCGCCUCACCUGACCUACCUGAGGCCUCCGCUUGUCCCCCCGGCCUCCUGAAAGCCUCGGGCUCUGGGCCACCAUAUUCCAACAACUUGGCCAAAACAGAGGUCCAAGGAGCCUCCUGCCACCUUGAGUACAGCCCAGAGCGAGGGAAAGCCGAAGGCAGAGACAACAUCUAUAGCACAGCCAGCCAGCUUACUUCUGGAAGACGUGGACUUCCCUUUGAGGGAUCCAGGCACCCUGAGCUUGGGGAAGCAGAACAGGGUCCAGACAGCCACUACAGUCCCAGUUUCUGCAGUGCCCCGGAGGCACCGUAUGCCUCUCUGACAGACAUAGAGUACCUGGUACAGAACGUCUGCAAGUCCUACCGAGAGACCUGCCAGCUGCGACUGGAGGACCUGCUGCGGCAGCGCACCAACCUCUUCUCCAGGGAGGAGGUGACCAGCUACCAGAGGAAGACCGACCUGGGCUCCAAGAGAAAAGGAGAGUGGAGCAUCUGCAGUACAAUCUGGAGCUGGCCUUCCACCAUCAUCUCUGCAAGACUCAUCGCCAAGGCCUCCUCGCCAAGCUGCCACCCAAAGGGAAACUCCGGAGCCUGUGCAGCCAGCAUGUGGAAAAGCUGCAGAUCUUCCAGCAUCUCCACCCCAUCGUGGUCCAAGCGGCCUUCCCUCCACUCUAUAAGGAACUCUUCAGCACUGAUGUUGAGUCCCCUGAGGGGCCAACCAAGUGACCUGGAGGAAAGACAACUUAACUUCCUUCAGCCUGAAGGCCCGUCUCCCUGGACUCCAUUCCCUCAGCAUCCACCUUCCUGUGCUCUGUGGAGGGUGGUCUCCCUAGGAGUGAGCAAACACUGAGACUUGUUUUCUGCCCUCCCCCGCCCCCAGGCUUGCCUGGCAGAACAACAGUAGCAGGCGAUGGAGAAAAGGCUUGCUAUGGUUGAUUUCCCAUAAGUUCCACCCUGGCUUCUGGAAGGUGUGGGGUAGAUGGGAUGUAAAGGCCUGUAGGACAAACAAGUCGAACUAAAAACAAACAGACAGGGGGAUAAAUCUGGGUACCAGGAUGAAGAGAACUCAAUUCUAGGCUCCAAAGCUCACAGAAGUCCUUCAAAUACCUCAUUGUAUUUCUCCAGCUGGGGGAGAUGGAUCUAGCUCAGAGACUGGUGGUGGCAAGCAGUCAGAAGCAAGAAUCCAGAUCCUUGAGAUUUUUCUGCCUCCCUCCUUCUUAGUUCAGUAAAGAAGUUGUUGGCUA